ACAGCAACGUUUUCUAUUUGACACGACAUUCGACCCAACCUAACCCAUACUUUCUUCUCUUCACUCUUUCUUUAGCGGCGUUUAACAUUCGGUUGCCUGAUCACGCUGUCAGCACCCGUGAAACGAGGCACGCAGGUUGUCAUAAAACAAUGGAGUCUCACGAUGAAACAGGAUGCCAGGCUCCAGAAAGGCCAAUUCUUUGCAUUAACAAUUGUGGCUUCUUUGGAAGGGCUUCCACCAUGAAUAUGUGCUCCAAAUGUUACAAAGACAUGCUCUUGAAGCAGGAACAAGACAAACUUGCAGCAGCGUCGGUUGAGAACAUUGUGAAUGGCGGUUCUGGCUGCAGCGGGAAGCAGGCGGUAACUGCAGGUUCUGUGGAUGUUCAAGUUGGAAAUGUGGAGAUGAAGACAGUCUCUGCUGAUAUUUCUGGAGAUUCAUCCUCUGGUCAGAAUUUGGAGAUGAAAGCUAAGACAGGUCCCAGCAGAUGCGCAACUUGCCGGAAGCGUGUUGGAUUAACCGGUUUCAGCUGCAAAUGUGGGAAUCUCUUUUGUGCAAUGCACCGCUAUUCUGACAAACACGAUUGCCCCUUUGAUUAUCAGACUGUUGGUCGUGAGGCUAUAGCUAAAGCCAACCCUGCAAUUAAGGCUGAUAAGCUUGAUAAAAUCUAGGGAUGCACUACACUGGUUGAAAUAUGAAGUUGGAUGUCUCACCUUUCCUCAGCAAAUUCAUAUAUUUUUGCUGUCUGGCUUUUGAAGUGUCCUUUUAGUGUCUAUACUGAUCCAUGCCAUGAUACUGCUUCAUGACAUGAUAGCUAGCACAUGUUUGGGGAAACCCCGCAUUCCUUGUUGGUUGAUUGGUGAGCAUUCACUUGUUAGCUACAGUAUGAGUAUUUUAUGCUGGUUUGAUGGACACCUUUGGCUCAUUUGUAAUUUGAUUUCCUGGUUGUUCUGCA